AUGACCGAGGACUAUUCUUCUGACUUUCCAGUCCCAAACGCGUCCCCGGCUGCGCCGUCUUCUCCUGAAGCGGUGAGCAUGGACCUUGACGUGGUCGUCGAGGCUCCGCCUUCUCAUUCAAUUCCGGCACCUGCUCCCAUUUCUUCUCCCCGUGCGGUUCCAGCUUUUCGCAUCCGGGGUGCUGCCAACGCGGCACCCCACUCAUCCCCUACUCCAUUGGUUCCUGUGAACCAAAACGGAGGAGGUGCUCGUGCUCGAGGCCGCGCCAGAAACCGUGGUCAGGCGCGCGGCCGAGGUUUGGAUCCGGUUCGGGUUCGUGGUCGUGGUCGCGGUUUUGUUCCAGCUCCACUUCGUGGUCGAGGACGUCCUUCAGGUAGCAAUAGUCUCCCUACUGGACCGGUUAUCUCGAACCGAGCAGUUGUGGGGAGAGGUGCUACACCUCCUCCAGCUCCCCGAGGAAGUGGGCUUCCUACCCCGCAACUCAGUCCCGGUGGCCCUUUCGAACGAAAUGGCUCGGUGACCUCAGCCGAUAAUAGCUGGGUGGAACCCCAUGUGCGAACUCGCACUCGAGUUCCGUCCCCAGUUCCUUUCGGCUUCUACGACGUCGAUGACUACCAUCGACUGGCGCCUCAUCAAGUGGCUGCGCUCCUCGAUCGUCGCCCGGAUUUUGGCCGAUACGAUCAGUACCGGUUUGCUCCUCAACUUUACACCGCUUUCUACCAAGAGGUAGCCUCAGCGCUCGUUGGUCAUUUCACUCGACACCCGGCCGCCAAUGCUCUUGAACGCGAGGGCAGAGUUGCCCUUUUCCGAUUCAUAGGUCGCCGCUACCGAUCCGCUAUGCGUCGCGUGCCUACCUAG